UGUGUUACUUUUUUACAUGUAUAAAGUAUUUUUAUGUACACAUCCUGGCAGGUGUGAUUUAGCGUUUGAUGAAGAUGAUGCUGAGUCCAGAUCAGAGCGAUUCUGACCUUAUGUGGACUCAGUCAGACUCGGAAACGGUCCUGGACGUCAUUAAAGUGGAGUGUAAGCCUGGAGAGUCUCCGCUAGCAGACGGGAAGCAGCGCGCGGUCGCGCCUCCCGCACUGACCCGUGAGGAAAAGCGGCGGAGGAGGCGCGCGACUGCCAAAUACCGACUUGCCCAUGCAACGCGCGAGCGCAUCCGUGUCGAGGCUUUCAACGUGGCUUUUGCCGAACUGCGAAAGUUACUCCCUACACUUCCGCCGGACAAAAAGCUCUCAAAGAUAGAGAUCCUUCGUCUUGCUAUAUGUUACAUAUCUUACCUGAAUCACGUCCUGGACGUGUAAACGACCUGAGGAACAUAUUAAACAUUAAAGAUCAUUUACAUCUAUAAAACUAUUAUGAGGGCAGAUAUAAGAUCUUGAGUGUUUAUAAAAAUGUUGUUAUCUUAAACCACCUGUUAGAUGUAGACUCACAUAGAGCAAAAUCCAUUGAGGAUGGAAAUAGCCUCAUCAGAUGAAUAUGGGUAUAGCAUCAGGAAAUCUUCAUUAGAGCAGCCUGAAGUGCUGGAAGCAUCCUGUUAAAAUGGAUCAUUUUAAACUGUUAUUUAUUUUAUGUUUCUACUGUAAGCAGACUUGUCUAUUUUACGUGGUUGUCUUAUAAUUGUGGAUAAUUUAUUUUAAUAUAUUGUUUGAUUGUGCUCUUACGCUAUGCCUACAGUAUGUACAGUGUUUACAAAAUGUACAGUUAUUUAUAUUGUAAAGUUAUUGUGUUUGAAGUUUUGUUGUUGCUUUAACCUUGCACAUUUGUUGAGUUAAUGCUAAAUUAGGUCCUUGAUAUCAGUGAAGCAAGUGAUUACACAUGCAAUUGAUAUCUACAUGGCAACAAGAUGCACUUCCUCUUUUUACUGUUUACGGAUACAUGAUCAUUUCUUUCUAUAACUCUGUGUAAUAUAGCCUAAGACAAGUUUCUUUGGGGAAUAAGCAACCUACUGUUUAGACAAAAUAGUUGAUUUUGAUAUUAAAUAAUGGGCAAUACAGCAGACAGCAAUUUUAUUUAAUACCACAAGACUAUGGAAAUUCAAAAGAUUCAUCCUCUGCAGCAGACAAAAGAUAAAGCUGUUUAUUUAUUUUCUUUUACAGACAAGCUAUUUUCUAUAUAUUAUUUAUUUACAUUUGCAUUGUGGAGCUUAAAUCUAUGGUAUAAAAUGUUUCAUAUCUGCUUUAUAUCCAAAGAUGCCCAAUUCAGAGCCUUAAGUGUCAUU